UGGGUCUGGACCAGGACUAUAUAUAAUGGCAGGCUUGCUACGAGACAAAGACACACAAGAAAAAUAGCAGCGGCUCUGGCAAACUGGAGAGAGUGUCUGUUGGAUCAAAACAUCAACUUUAAUCACCAUGUCACAGCCAGUCGAGGUGAAGAAGAAGAAGCGUCCCCCAAUGAAGGAGGAGGACCUGAAAGGAGCCCGCAGUAAACUGGGACUAAAGGGCGAGGUCAAGAGUAAGACCUAUGAGGUCAUGGUAGAGUGUGAACGUAUGGGCAAAGUGGCUCCGUCUGUCUUCAGCGGUGUGAGGACGGGAGGAGAGACGUCCCUGGACAAGCCUGCUGCUGCUAAAGCUCCUGGAGCCAGUGUGUUCAGCAAGUAGACACACUGCAGGACAAAAGGGAAACACUGAAGAAACACACGUUGUAGUCUUUAAGUUUUAGAAUCAAUGGUGUUACUGCUUAAUUACGAAUCACAGUGUGUUUUUUUCUGUCAUAUAAUAAUAUAAAUCAGUAGGUAGUGGAAUUUGGGAGAAAUAAUGGAUUUGUUUUGUGCUCGUUGAGUGUGUUGACAUUACUGCUAUGUAAGCAGUUGCUGUUCUUUGCAGUUUGAACAGUGCAUCAGACUUGGAGAAUGGCUUAUGUUUUUAAUGUGGCUGAUGAGCUGUAAAUGUGUUGUAACAGUUUUUAAAUUUAUCAGUGUUGACAAAGACUUUUUUUUCUUAAAGUGCUAUUUUGUUUAAUUUCUUACCUUUACUUAAGACAUUAUUUUCCUUUGUAUUGAAAUUUAACUUUUUUUUCAUUUAAAGGUCCCAUAUUUUACACUUCUGCAGUGUAGUUUUGAUAUCCACAAGAAGAUAUAUUUGUGGUUUUAAGAACCAAAAACAAUCUCAGUGUAGUUUUACAUCUCCUCUCUCAGGCUUCUCUCUGGAGCUCUACUAACAGCAGGUUGGUGUCUGUUUUCUUAAUGUCUGUUUUCUUAGUGAUCAAAUAAAAAUAUAGCAGAUUUCAGGUAAAUACUCCAAGAAACCAAAUCCUACAAGGCUGGAUGGUGGUCUGGGUGGGCUUGGGGCACGACUGGGGUGGGGACUUUGUUGUGACAUCACAAAGCUACAGAAGGCCUGACGGCUGGUUUUAAAGCUCAGUUUCUGAAUAUAGG